AUGGAGGCCAAACCAAAAAGGAGGAUUGUUACAGAGAAUGGAGAUACAGGGGAGGAUUUAGUUCUUGCAACAUUGAUUGGAAACGGGGACGAUGUCGGUCCUCUUGUUAGGCAUGCUUUUGAAAUGGGGAGGCCUGAACCUCUCGUUCACCAGCUAAAAAAUGUGGCGAGGAAGAAGGAAGCUGAAAUUGAGGACCUAUGCAAGACCCACUAUGAAGAAUUCAUUGUUGCAGUUGAUGAGCUCCGUGGUGUGCUAGUUGACGCGGAAGAGCUAAAGAGUGAUCUUGCAAGUGACAAUUUCCGGUUGCAAGAGGUGGGUAGUGCCUUAUUGGUAAAGCUGGAAGAGCUUCUCGAGUCUUAUGCAGUUAAGAAGAAUGUAACUGAAGCUAUUAAAAUGUCAAAGAUCUGCGUUCAAGCACUGGAGCUGUGUGUUAAAUGUAACAACUAUGUAUCCGAAGGCGAGUUUUACCACGCUCUGAAAACUAUGGAUUUGAUCGAGAGGAACUACAUGAAGCUUAUCCCGCUUAAGGUUCUAAAGUUGGUAAUAGAGAGAAGGAUACCAGUGAUCAAGUCACACAUUGAGAAAAAAGUGUGCAGCCAAUUUAAUGAAUGGCUUGUUCACAUUAGAAGUUCCUCAAAAAGUAUUGGACAGACUGCUAUUGGCCUCACCGCUUCAGCUCGCCAGAGGGAAGAAGAAAUGCUGGAACGUCAGAGAAAAGCAGAGGAACAAAACACAGGUGGAUUGGGAGAAUUGACAUACACGUUAGAUGUUGCAGACUUGGAACAAGAUUCUGUUUCAAAGUUUGAUCUGACACCUCUGUAUCGAGCAUAUCACAUCCACACUAUUCUUGGAGUCCCAGAACGUUUCCGUGACUAUUAUUAUCAGAAUCGGCAACUACAGCUCGAUUCAGAUCUGCAGAUCUCUUAUGGGCAGCCAUUUGUGGAAUCAUACCAGACAUUUCUAGCUCAGAUCGCUGGGUAUUUCAUUGUGGAGGAUCGGGUGGUUAGGACAGCUGGAGAUUUCUUGUUGGCUGAUCAAGUUGACGCAAUGUGGGAAAAAGCCAUUGCUAAAAUUGUAUCGGUAUUGGAGGACCAGUUUGCCAAAAUGGAUUCGCCUACUCAUCUGCUUUUGGUGAAAGAUUAUGUAACUCUCCUUGGCACAACCCUUAGACAGUAUGGUUAUGAAGUGAGUCCAGUUCUUGAUGCCCUUGACAAAAGCCGAGAUAAAUACCAUGAGCUUCUUCUUGAAGAGUGUCGAAAGCAAAUCGUGACUGCUAUUUCAGAUGACACUUAUCAGCAGAUGGUAAUAAAGAAGGAAGCUGACUAUGAAAACAAUGUCUUGUCGUUUAAUCUUCAGACCUCAGACAUCAUGCCGGCUUUCACAUACAUUGCGCCCUUCUCUUCAAUGGUGCCUGAUGUCUGCCGCAUCAUCAGGUCAUACAUAAAAGGAUCUGUUGAUUACUUGUCCUAUGGAGUGAACACUAACUACUUCAGUGUUCUGAGGAAAUACCUCGACAAAAUCUUGAUCGAUGUCCUGAACGAAGUUAUCCUUGAGACAAUAAGCAACAAUGCGAUUGGUGUAUCUCAAGCUAUGCAGAUUGCAGCAAACAUAUCUUUCCUCGAAAAGGCCAGUGACUAUUUUCUCCGGCAUGCAGCUCAACUUUGUGGCAUCCCAAGCCGAUCAGUUGAAAAGCCUCAAGCUGGUUUAGCUGCAAAGGUUGUCCUCAAAACAUCAAGAGACGCAGCCUAUCUUGCUUUGUUGAAUGUGGUAAACACCAAGCUGGACGAGUUCAUGAAGCUCACAGAGAACGUUAACUGGACUACAGAGGAAAUACCACAAGGCCCGCAUGAGUACAUAAACGAAGUUGUUAUAUACCUCGAGACUGUUAUGUCAACUGCACAACAGAUCCUCCCAAUGGAUGCUUUAUACAAAGUUGGAGUUGGGGCUCUCGAGCAUAUUGCAAACUCCAUCGUCUCAACAUUCCUCAGUGAUAGCAUCAAGAGAUUCAAUGCUAAUGCAGUCUCGGCCAUCAACCACGACCUGAGAGUGAUAGAAAACUUUGCUGAUGAGAGAUAUCAGUCGAGCGGGUUAGACGAGAUAUACAAAGAAGGAAGCUUUAGAAGCUAUCUGGUUGAAGCUAGGCAGCUGAUAAACCUAUUAUCGAGUAGCCAACCCGAGAACUUCAUGAAUCCGGUGAUUAGAGAGAGAAACUACAACACGUUGGAUUACAAGAAAGUGGCUACGAUCUGCGAGAAGUUCAAGGAUUCUCCAGACGGGAUAUUCGGAAGCCUCUCAAAUAGGAACACAAAGCUAACAGCUAAGAAGAAAUCCAUGGACAUGCUCAAGAAGAGACUCAAGGAAUUUAACUGA